AUGGCAGAACAGUUAGCAACUGAAUUUAGAACAUUCAUGGAGCAAACUAAUGAGAAGUUUGAGAAGACCAAUCAACUAAUCCAACAAGCUAUUCAAAGUAUUAACAAAAAUAAUCAUGAGAGACCUAUCUCAAAUUCGGGAAGAGACACUCAUUCAAACCAUUAUGAGAAUCAACAUUCAACUCAAAGCUCCAUCCUUAGACCUACUAUGCCCUCAUUCUUACCAAGAGAAGAGCCCAUGAUGGAAGUGGAGGAAUCAAUAAUCGAAAACAUUGAUGAGAUAGCAGUAAUGUACGCAAGGCUUGACCCCGAAGUACAAGAGCGCAUCCCUUUUAAAGAAUAUUACGAAGUUCGGAAACAAGCCAACCCGAAUACGAGGAAGAGGCAUGUUGACAAAGAUCUCCAGGUUAGGUUGAGUAAAAUGACAUUACCAUACUUUGAUGGGACUAGAAAAUCUUCAGCGCAAUCGUGGGUUCAAAAAUUGGAUACAUAUUUGUCACUCAGCCCAAUGACAGAAGAUAAUGCCAUCAAAUUUGCUACCCUUCAUCUAACAGGGAUAGCACAUGAUUGGUGGCACCAUGGUCUUGUUACUCAAGAUCACCGAAACAUUACUACUUAUGGUGAAUUCACUCAAAGGCUCAUCUUAAGAUUUGAUCAAAGACAUCCGGAAUGGUACUUCAAAGAACUAACGUUACUCACACAACAAGGGACAGUGGAAGAUUAUGCAAAUGAAUUUCAGAAUCUGGCAGUCAUGGUCCCCAACCUCUCUCAAGGAAGGCUCACCUAUUUAUUUGUAGAAGGGCUCAAAGACUCCAUCAAGAAGAUCGUCAAUCCAUUGGAGCCUCAAAAUUUAAGUGAGGCAAUACAAAGGGCCAUCAAGGUUGAAGAUAAUUUCUCAAAGGAAAGACCAAGAUACAUGACCUCCAAGACAUAUUCUAGGAAAGAUCGUAGGGAUGAACCUCAUAGGGAGAAAGGAAUACCAUGCCACUUUUGCAGAGGAACAUGGAGACCCGGACAUAGAUGUCAAAAAAAGGAAGGUCUUGAGCAAAGGGAAGAAUUGCGGAGAAAUAAUUUAUGUUUUAAGUGCAAAGAACCAUGGAGACCUGAUCAUCGAUGUAAAAGAGGGCAACUACAUCAAGUGGAAGAGUCCAAAGAUGAAGAAGAAGGGAUCUCAUACAAAAGACCAAGGUUGGAAGAGCAAAGACAUGGAACAUUAGUUGCAAUUUCAAACGAAGGUGAAGAUAGACCAUUCAAACUCAAAGGAACCCUCAAGGGACAAAAGGUAAUAUCCUUGAUUGAUAGUGGGGCUUCUCACAACUUCAUUAGUAGAAAUUUGGUGGUAAAAAGGAAGCCAAAAGCUAAAGAGUUUGAGGGGUUUAAGGUGGCCUUGGCAGAUGGAACAAUCAAUCAGUGCACCAAGGUUAUGCCUCAACUAGAAAUCAAGAUGGGAGAACAUAUUGUUAAAGGAGACUUCUAUGUAAUUUCUUUGGAGAAUGAUAUAAUACUAGGGAGACCUUGGAUCCGCUCAUUGGGUCGCUUCACUAUGGACCUUCCAAAUCUUGAGAUUUGCUUCCAUCAGGAUGGACAAGAAGUAACAUUAAAAGGCCUACCUAAUGGAGAUCCCAAGGUAGUUUCUUGCAAAAAUAUAGAAAGGAUUAUCCGACAUGGACAAGGAGAAUGGAUUGCUCAAUGUUUGGUCUUGGACAAAUCUGGUCCAAAAUCACCUUUGGUUCAUAUAGACAUGCAGCCAAUCUUGAAAAGACAUAAGGGAGUCUUCAAAGACAUUCCACAUGGGAUUCCACCAAGGAGAGGAUUUGAACACUCCAUAGAACUUGAAGAAGGGGCCAAACCAGUAAUUACCACUCCUUAUAGACAUCCACGAAGGUUCAAAGAAGAGAUUGAAAAGACCAUCAAUGAACUCCUUAGGAUGGGACACAUUCAACCAAGUUGCAGCCCCUUUGCAUCAUCCGUGGUCUUAGUCAAGAAAAAGGAUGGAACCAUGAGAAUGUGCAUAGACUACCGUGCCCUCAACAAAAGAACAAUCAAAAAUAGGUAUCCUAUACCAAGAAUUGACGAAUUGAUCGAUGAGCUUCAUGGAGCAAAAUAUUUCUCCAAGAUUGAUCUACGAACUGGAUAUCACCAAAUAAGAAUGAGGAAGGAAGAUGUACCCAAGACGGCCUUCCGAUGCCACUAUGGGCACUUUGAAUUUUUGGUUAUGCCCUUUGGCCUUACGAAUGCACCAGCUACCUUCCAAUCAUGUAUGAACCAUGUUUUCCAUCAGCAAUUAAGGAAAUUCUUACUUGUAUUCUUUGAUGACAUCCUCAUUUAUAGCAAAACCUGGGAAGAACACCUUCAACACGUGGAGGAAGUCCUAACCAUCCUAGAGAAAGAAUCAUUGUAUGCCAAAGAGUCAAAAUGUGAAUUUGGUAUGAAAGAGAUACUCUACUUGGGUCAUAAGAUCAAUGAAGAAGGGGUGAGCGUGGAUGAGGAGAAGAUCAAAGCAAUUAAGGAGUGGCCUACACCCAAAACCUUGACCCAACUCCGAGGGUUUAUUGGUUUAUGUAGCUACUACCGACGUUUUGUUAAAGGAUUUUCCAAAAUAACAACACCCCUUACAGACCUAACCAAGAAAGGAGCCUUCUCAUGGGAUGUUACAGCACAACAAGCAUUUGACUGA